AAACUACCUUCUGAUAUCAUUCCAAUCAGCGGCAUUCAUAUCAGGAGAGCAGCUCCAAUUCAAUUCAGGUUGUAUCAUAGAUGAAGAGAAUGCUUACCUUAUCAUUUCACUUACUACUUUGUUCCGUUUAUCUGGUCAACUCGAGGACAAUCACAAUUAGAAUUCCCGAAAGCAUCAGUUCGGAUUUCCCGCAUGAAACUGCUGCGGAACAAUUCUCGCGAUCAGAUCGAAAUGGUGACAAUAAGUUGUCGUUUGAUGAGUACCUUCAUCUAGAUUUACUCUAUGAGAUCAUGAAGAAGUAUGAAUUCGAACAAAUCGACAAGAAUCAUGAUGGAUUUAUUUCACAUAGUGAACAUGAUGCUGAAGAAAAUGUGAAACAAGAAGAAGUUAGUGAGCGACGGGCGCAAUAUUAUGGCCAAAUUUAUGAAGAAUUCGAUGUGAACUUUGAUUCGAAACUGGACAUCAAGGAAGUGAAAAGAAUCUUGACCAAACGAUAUGCCUUGAAACCUCGUUCCAAUUUCCAGUCUAUAUUUGAUUCAUUCGAUAAGAAUCAUGAUGGUGGACUGGAAAUGUCCGAGUAUAUUAAGUUCGAUAACAAUGUUCCAUUCGAAGAGAUGGACCCAUUGGAUUUUGUUCCGUUGUUGCCAGGAAAACUCGUUAAGGAAAAGCUAUUGAUGCAGAAAUCAAAAUCACUGGUCAAAAUUUAAAAAAAAAUCUCUGAGCUGUGUGGUAUUUGGGAAAUGCUUUAUUGGAAUCUUGCAGCAGAACCCUAAUUCAGGCUUUAAUUUUGCCUUUUUAACUGUUUCUUCUUCCGCCAUUUUCAGAAUGGUAAGUUACUGUCUUGCCAUUUGUAUAUAUACGCAAAUUUACAUAUUUUGUAUUUCAUCUGUAAGAGGAAAAAAUCAAUUUAUUGCUGUUAAAAUUGCUUUUCCCAGAAAAUUUUUGGAUUUUUUUUUGGAAAUUGUUUUCAUCAAUCAUUUUUUGUGUGCAUUGUAAUUAAGUUCCAUUGUUUUAAAAUGCUCAAUAUUUCAUUGUGAAU